AUGGGUGUUACUAUUGACCCGACUGCAGCUGGAGACCAUGAGCCUUCCGCUGAGCGAAACAAUAGGACGCUGAAAGAAAGAGUCAGAGUAGCUCUUGCACAAUUACCCUACAAAGUGGUCCCAAAGGUGAUCACGGAAUGUCUUGGACAUCGAGCCGCCGAGCUAUUGAAUGUCUUUCCCCAGAAAAACAGUAUCUCAUCACAUUUCAGUGACAUGAUUGCUGAACUUGGACAAUAUGUUCAUGCAAUUGGGACGGAUGAUUUCCCGGCCCAAGGUCGUUGUCCUACCCGUCACCGACCAAGUAAUCCAGCAGAAGAGCUCUUGGCAGAUGCAGACAAUGAUGUCGAUGAUAGGCCAGAACUCACUGUCAGAUUCCAAGGAGAUGAUGACUAUGAAUCAGACGACGAUUUGGGUGAUGAAGGCAAUGAAGAGGAAGAACCUAUUGUGGCCAAUUUGGAUCACCAUCAAGAAAAUGUCGAUAGAGGAACCAAUGAUAUUGGGAGCCUCCUUACUGAUCUGGAGGACCUACAAGAGCCGCCAGAAGAAGAGAUUGUAUUUGAGCCUGAAGAGCCUUAUAUAGCAAAAGUCACUCGAUCUGGGCAAACGUGUGCGCAAGCUAUAAUAUCUGAGCUGAACCUUUCCCAAGUUCCAAAGAGACCAAGAGAAUGGCCUUCAAGCAGGAGUGACAGUUCUGCCAAUGAGAACAAGAAUCGAGUUGCAACAAGACGCAAGCAUCAAGAAAGAGAAUUGAAACCAUUGAAGAACAAAUGCUUUCAUUCAAACUUAUAUGCGUGA